GACCCCUCCAUUACUUAUUCCCACAAGAAACUUUUGAUUGUUUAUAAUCUUCACACCAUCACUGCCAUGGCCAAAUCAACUCUGUCACUCCCCCCCGUUCUCCUCCUUCUUCUUCUGCUUUUGUUCCUCAAUUCAGAAGAGUCUCUGAAGGUUGCAAAUGCACAGGCAGACACCUGGUGCAUUGCCAAGCCUUCCUCGAGUGAUGCAGAACUGACUGCAAACAUCAACUUCUCCUGCGACCAAGUGCUAGAUUGCGGGCUGAUACAAGAAGGUGGCCAAUGCUUUUUACCCAAUACUCUUGUUCACCAUGCCUCAGUCGUCAUGAAUCUUUACUACAAAACGAUGGGUAAAAAUUACUGGAACUGCGACUUCAGGAACUCUGGCCUCCUCUCCCUGACCGAUCCAAGUCAUGAUAGCUGCACCUAUGUUUAGUAGUCAGUACUACUUUAUAUGCAGAAUGUGAUUUCAGAGGCCAGCUUUCAAGAUUUAUAGGCAUACUAGUGUUUCUCUAUAUAUAAUACCCUUAUGUUUUUCCACUAGAAGCCUAUUAUUGUGGAAAAUAUAUAUACAAGGUUCUUUUUAAAGUGUGUGUUUAGAGUUUGUAAUAACAUGUGGAGGAGUUCUACCAACUCCGCUUCCAUGAAA